AUGCACACGUCAUUUGCCUUGGCACUAAUGGGAGUAGAAUUUGCCGUCAACGGAUCUGCUAUCCCGGAUGUCGAUUUUGACAUUGGGGAAUCGUACGCAGGACUCUUGCCCAUAUCCUCCAAGAUCAACGAGACCCGAGAACUCUACUUCUGGUACUUCCCGUCAACGAAUCCGCUUGCCGAGGACGAAAUCACUAUUUGGCUCAAUGGCGGACCGGGAUGUAGCUCUCUUGAAGGUCUAUUGCAAGAGAAUGGACCUUUUCUUUGGCAGUAUGGAACUUUUGCGCCAGUCCCGAACCCAUGGACAUGGGUGAACCUCACCAACAUGGUUUGGGUAGAGCAGCCGGUCGGGACUGGCUUCUCGCAAGGGACGCCGGAUGUUACGGAUGAGACCGGGGUUGCUUCGGAGUUCUUGGGCUUCUGGAAGAACUUCGUGGACACCUUUGGAUUGCAGAAUCGCAAAGUCUAUAUCUCCGGGGAGAGUUAUGCGGGAUACUAUGUGCCAUAUAUUGCGGAUGCGAUGCUGAAUAGCAAUGACACGACAUACUACGACGUUGAGUCCAUCUUGAUCCACGAUCCGAGUACGAGCACAGAAGCUGUGCAGGAGCAGAUCCCUGCGGUAGCCUACGUCGAUUACUGGGCGCCUCUCUUCUCCCUAAAUGCAUCGUUUAUGAGCUUUCUUCACGAGCAAGCCGACUCCUGCGGCUACACAUCCUUUCUCAACGAAUACCUCGUCUAUCCUCCCGCUGGGCCCCUUCCAAACCCUCCAAUGUCCAACGAUACCUCCGGCGAAUGCGACUUGUGGGAUGCUAUCUUCUACGCCGAACUACUCAUCAAUCCUUGCUUUGACAUCUACCAAAUCGCCACCACUUGCCCGCUUCUAUGGGACGUCCUGGGAUUUCCCGGCUCUUUCGAUUACACCCCCGCAGGAGCGACCGUCUACUUCAAUCGCACGGAUGUGCAAAAGGCUAUUAAUGCGCCAGUAGAGCAAUGGAUGGAGUGCACCAAUAACAACGUCUUCGCUGGGGAUGGGUCAGAUUCCUCUCCUCCGAGCGGGCUGUCCAUCUUACCUGGUGUUAUCGAGAAGCUAAAUAAAACCAUCAUCGCCCACGGUGCUCUUGACUAUAUCCUCAUUGCCAACGGUACCUUGCUGAUGAUCCAGAACAUGACCUGGAAUGGCGCCCAGGGUUUCUCGAGCAAGCCGUCAGAUGAGUUCUUCGUGCCUUACCACACGCAGGAUAACCCAAGCACUUUAGCGGGUGCUGGUGUCUUUGGCACGACGCAUACUGAGCGAGGUUUGACUUUCGUCGAGGUCAGUCUCAGCGGGCACAUGAUUCCUCAAUAUGCGCCUAGUGCGUCUUAUCGUUUGGUAGAGUUCAUGCUGGGGAGGAUCGAUAGCGUCACGGAACAGGGCUGCUUUACGACUGACACGGCGUGUACUAAUGGGGAUGGAACUACGAAUUACACCACUUUGUGCGAGAAUGGGACAUGCUAG